UCCAAUUCCGAGAACUUGAGCGGCCUCCGCUCUUUCGCUCGCAAACCGACCGUCCCGAUCGCCAAGACCGGCUCCUUCCGGUUCAAAUGCAGCGCCCCUGGCGUGGCCGAUCUCCAUCCCGCGAAGAUCGGCAAGAGGUGGAUGGAGUACCAGGGAUGCCGCGACUGGGAGGGCCUCCUCGACCCCCUCGACGACACCCUCCGCCGCGAGAUCCUCCGGUACGGCGAGUUCGUCGAGGCCGCCUACCGCUCCUUCGACUUCGACCCCUCCUCCCCGACCUACGGCACCUGCAAGUACCCCCGGAGCUCGCUCCUGGCCCGCUCGGGCAUCCGCGAGACCGGGUACCGGCUCACGAGGAACCUGCGCGCCACGUGUUCGGUCCGGCUGCCGCGCUGGGCCAGGCUGGCUCCCGGCUGGAUGUCCACCCGGUCCAGCUGGAUCGGGUACGUGGCCGUCUGCCAGGACCGGCGGGAGAUCCAGCGCCUCGGGAGGCGCGACGUGGUGAUCGCCCUCCGGGGCACCGGCACCUGCCUCGAGUGGAUCGAGAACCUGCGCGCCACCCUGACGUGCCUCCACGGUCACGACGACGUGACCGAUGACGACACGCCGAUGGUGGAGAGCGGGUUCCUGAGGCUGUACACUUCGAGGACCGCCAACUUCCCGAGCCUGCGGGAGAUGAUAAGGGAGGAGAUCGCGCGGGUGGUCGAGACCUACGGUGACGAGCCGCUCAGCCUGACCAUCACCGGGCACAGCCUCGGCGCGGCCCUCGCCACGCUGGCUGCUUAUGACAUCAGCUCCACUCUGGAGGGCGCGCCGAUGGUGACCGUCGUCUCCUUCGGCGGGCCACGCGUGGGGAACCGGAGCUUCCGGCGCCACCUCGAGGCAAGCGGCACCAAGAUCCUGCGCAUAGUCAACUCCGACGAUCUGGUCACCAAGCUACCGGGCUUCGUCGUCGAGGACGGUGACACGUCGGCGGACGGAAAGUCGAUCCGCGUGGCGGGUAUGCCACAGUGGUUCCAGAAGAGCGUGCAGGACGCGCGGUGGGUGUAUGCGGACGUGGGACGGGAGCUGCGGCUCAGCAGCAGGGAAUCUCCCCACCUCCGAGAAGGAAACAUGGCCACGUGUCACGAGCUCAAGACGUAUCUCCACCUCGUGAACGGCUUCGUGAGCUCCACGUGUCCUUUCAGGUCAACGGCUAAGGGGAUGCUCAGCAUGCGCCGGCGAUGACAGCCGCAGAACCUUCGUUGGACAUGAGUGUAAAUAUCGGAACCUGAAGGGGUCUCCCUUCUUUAACAAUCACCAAAAUUCAUUGACAGUUGAAAGAGGAAAUGAAGGAAGAUUUCCCUUCACAAGGUCACACAAAUCACAGACUUGUAACAACAUAUUUUUGACUAGGAGUGAGACGAAA